GAUUGGUGUCACAUCUGUUAUUGGUUUCACAAAUAAGAAUAUGGACUGCAGUGGUUAUAUUAAUUAAUAUUCCCCCAUCUUUUUCAUUUUUAUUAGUAUUUAUUUAUUAAUUGGCAUAGCACGUUGCGACAACUUUAUAUAUUAGUCUGCAAAAACUGGACCAUGAAUAGAAGCAAACAUGUGAAUUGGGAGGAGCUAACAUCUGAUUGUCUUUAUAGUUUGUUCAUGAUUCCACUUUAUCCUUUCCCCUUCCUAUCAUCUGCUUCUUCAUUUCCUCCCUAAUGAAAACUUUUUACACUUUUCUUGUAUUCCUGUUUUCAUUGAGCUUAGCAUGUGCUGCAAGUCCUUGUGAUUUUCCAGCCAUAUUCAACUUCGGCGACUCCAACUCCGACACCGGCGGCCUCUCCGCCGCUUUCGGCCAGGCGGGCCCGCCCGCCGGGGAGUCGUUCUUCCACGGUCCCGCCGGCCGGUAUUGUGAUGGCCGACUAGUCAUUGAUUUUAUUGCUGAGAGCUUGGGGCUACCAUAUCUGAGUGCAUUCCUAGAUGCAGUUGGCUCUAACUUCAGCCAUGGAGCAAACUUCGCCACAGCUGGAUCGACUAUUAGACCUCAAAACACAACUCUACAUCAGAGUGGUUUCAGCCCCAUUUCUCUAAACGUGCAGUUUUACGAAUUCAAUGAUUUCAAGCGUAGGUCUCAGCUCGUCCGAAAAAAGGGGGGAGUUUUCAAGAGACUAUUGCCUAAGGCAAGAGUAUUUUCGCGUGCCUUGUACACCUUUGACAUUGGACAGAAUGAUUUAACCGCGGGUUACUUCCUCAACAUGACUACUGAUGAAGUUAGAGCAUACAUCCCCGAUGUCUUAGGCCAAUUCAAAACCUAUGUUAAGGAUAUAUACCAUCUUGGAGGAAGGUCAUUCUGGAUACACAACACAGGACCAGUAGGUUGUUUGGCUUAUGUGUUGGACCGUGUAGCUGUUGAGCCCGGACAAAUAGAUAAAGCUGGAUGUGCGGAUCCAUUCAACAAAGUUGCUAAACAUUUCAACCUCAAAUUAAAUGAAACUGUUGUGCAGCUGAGGAAGGAACUUCCCUCAGCAGCUUUAACCUAUGUGGAUAUCUACUCACUCAAGUAUGAGCUCUUCAGCCAAGCUAGGAAGCAUGGCUUCGUGAACCCUCUGCGUUCUUGCUGUGGACACGGAGGAAAGUACAACUACGACAUGCAUGUGGGGUGUGGGAGCAAGAUCAAAGUGAGAGGAAAAGAAAUCUUGGUGGGGAAACCGUGCAAAGAUCCAUCAGUCGCGGUUGUUUGGGACGGGGUGCAUUUUACUCAGGCUGCUAAUAAAUGGAUUUUUGAUCAGAUUGUGAGUGGUGCUUAUUCAGAUCCUCCAAUUCCUUUGAAAGAGGCUUGCCAUAGGCUUUAGGGCUCUGAAGAAUGCAUCUCAUUUAAUCUGCUCCAGUUUUCAUCAAUUCUUGUAGGCAACAAACUAAUAAGUUUUAAGGUGAAAACUAGUUGAAUAUGAAAGCAAUGCAACUGUGAACAUAUAUGUUAAGAAGAAAUUAAAUGAGAUGCUGUGAACUACAUUAGGAUCUA